CUAUUCCGACAAAAUAUCUGAAAACCGCUGUUCCGAGCUAUUCAUCUUCUUCUCCGGCGAAAUUGCGAAACUUUCAUCUUUUGGGAAACUAAACGAAAAGGUGCAAUUUUGAUCUCAGAAGUUUCGACUAAUGGAGGUUAUCGACAAAUGGGUUGCCGAGUUUCUCAUCCGUCGUCAACACAAUCCUAGGGUUUCUCCUACCAACCUGCUCUCGGCGCUGAGAUUCGGAGAUUCCCCCGAUUGCUUCAACCUCAAGGUAUCUUCCGUUUUGCGGGACUUAUCCGAUUCGUUGAUCCGAGGAAGCGUCGACGAGGGGACGCUUGACCUACUCGAGAUCCUCGAGAAGCUUCGUCCGGUUAUCACGGAGUCUCACAAGUCUGCUUAUUGCUGGACGGCUGCUGAGUGCACGGCUAGAUUCAUGUGGCCGUUGUCCGCUUCGGAGGGUUUGUUCACCGACGCUCUCGAGAGGAUAUGGAGGGAAAGGAUUGGGGGUUUGAAGGAGAGUGGGAGCGGUUUGGUGGGGGAUGAGUUGUUGAGAUGGGAGACUGAUCUGGAGAAGGCUGUUGAGGAUCCUGAGGUGUAUCAGCGGAUUCGAGAGAGUAACGUUAGGUACACUGCCAUCUCUUUUCUCACUCAGCUUCUUAAAGAGCAGUGGGAAGUGCUUGGGAGUAGCUCUCUUGAAUCAGCAGCUCAGAGGAUGUUUCUUAAGCGCAAGGCUGGGGACAACUUAGAUGGCGAUCCAAGUGCUGCUGCUAAUGAAAGCACUAGGCGUUUGGAGAGUGACAACAUUGAUAACGCUAAGGAUAAGGUGAAUGAACGAUAUGCAUCAGAGGAGGAGCGGACAGUGGAUGGACAAGAAGAGGAACAUGAGGAAAGUCUUGAUAAGGGGGACGAAAUGGCUGCUACGGAGCUGAAGGAUUACUUGUUAGAGAUUCAACGAGGAGUCGACCCUUCUUCCACUAGGCAAGUACAAGAACCUAACGAUGCAGUUGACCACUCCGUAGAUGUCACUCCUCAACCUUCGACUUCGAGGGUUAAUAGGACUAGAGCAAGCCGUCAAAACCAUAUUGAAUCGCCGCAACAGGAUAAUGCAAGUGAGAAAGGUUCGAGCAGUCAGGGAACAUGGUCUGGAAGAGUUCGGCCUCGUCUUUCUACCCCCGUACCUCUGAAUGUAUCCCCAUUGAGGGCAAUUUCUGCAGCCAGAAGGCCAAAGAAAUUCUGGACGCCUGAAGAAGUGGAAGCUUUGAGGGAAGGAGUCAAAGAGUAUGGAAAAUCAUGGAAAGCUAUAAAGAAUGCAAACCCUGCAGUAUUUGCAGAGAGGACUGAGGUGGAUUUGAAGGAUAAAUGGAGGAACUUAGUUCGGUAGUGGUAACAAGCUUUGCAUGCGUGACAUAUCAACUGUGGAGAAGAUGGUGAAGAAAUGGUCUUUCACAUAUUUUGUGGUGAAUGUUAACUAACGAUGAAUGAGCAGAAGUAGAAUGAUAUGCUCGUUGGAUAAUUCUGGCUGCAACCUUUGUUUGGAUAUUUCUGGCGGCAACCUUUUGUUGUAAUCAUUGUCAAACUUAUACGGCUGCUCUGUUUGGGAUAUGUUCCAUCCUUAUCUUCAUUUCCCUACCAUC